AUGGGACACGGCAAAUCCGAUCGACCCUUCCUCAGCGCCGCCGAGCACUCUGGUGCCUACGGAGCUCAUUCAGCAUCCUCGGGCAAGGUCGGAGGUCUCGAGCAAGAGACGUUUCAUCCUGUUUCUUAUGACUGUUGUGCCAUCUCUUUCCAACCGUGGUCCAAUCCCGUCUGCUCACCGGACUGCGGCAUUGCCUUCGAGCUCACCAAUCUCGUCCCCUUCCUUCGCAAAUUUCGCACCCAUCCGGUCACGGGAAAGCCCUUCGAACUCGACGACGUGGUUCGUCUCAAUUUUCAUAAGAACGCGAAUAGAAGGUGUCACGAUCCGGUGUCGCUCAAGGAGUUCGGUCAGCACUCGCAUCUGGUUGCUGUCAGGCAGAGUGGCAAUGUGUUUCUGUGGGACACGGUACAAAGGUUGAACGUCAAGGCCAAGUACAUGAAGGAUUUGGUGACGGAUGAAACCUUCACAAAAGCUGAUAUUAUCACGAUUCAGGAUCCGAACCACCCAGAAAGCAGGAAUCCGAGUGCGAUGCAUCAUGUCAAGAACGGAUUGACCUUGACUCAGGCGGACAAGGGGAUUGACACGUCGGAGCAGGUCAAUGUUGGGGCUACGGGAAGCGCUCAGAAGCUGCUUCAAAAGAUUCGAGGUAGUGCACAAAGCGAUGCUGCAUCAUCAUCAUCAGCAGCAGCAGCAGCAGCAGCAGCAGCAGCAGCAGCAACAACAGCAUCUGCGUCCCCUUCGGCAGCGGCCUCGAGGUCUGUACCGGCGCCGAAAGAAACCAGCACCGCCUACUCUCGCAACAAAGCGUCCGGCAACUCGACCGGAAUGGCGGCUGCCAGCUUCACAUCUUCCUCCCUCACUCCUCGCACCGCCAUCGAACGAGUGGUUCUCGACGACGAAGAAGUCAUGUUCUCUCACAUCAAGCAGUCCCCCAACUCGAGCGCCUACGUCCGUCUCACCACCAACUUUGGUGCUCUCAACCUCGAGCUCCACUGUAACAAGGCUCCCAAGACAUGCUUCAACUUCCUUCAACUUUGCAAACAAGGCAGAUAUGAUGAUACCCUCUUCCAUCGAAACAUACCUGGUUUUAUGAUCCAAGGUGGCGAUCCCACCGGAACCGGUCGAGGCGGCAGCAGUAUCUGGGGCUCUGAAUUCAGGGACGAGUAUAACGAACCAGGCGCCUUCAAACACGAUUCCAGGGGCGUGCUGAGUAUGGCUAACAAGGGGAAGGAUACGAACGGUAGUCAGUUCUUCAUCACGUAUCGCGCUGUGGGGCAUCUGGAUGGCAAACACACCGUGUUUGGUAGGUUGGUGGAUGGUGCCAAGGAUCAGACGUUGACAAAGUUGGAGCAAGUACCGAGCGAGGAAGGGACGGAUAGACCGUUGAGAAAGAUCAGGAUACAGGAUGUUCUGGUGACCGAGGAUCCAUUCGAGAAGUAUCAGCUGAGACAGAAGCAGAGUGCAAAAGCGAACGAUCCAACGGAUCCGGAUUACAAGAGGAGGAUGGAGAAGAGAAGGAGGAGAGAAGAGGAUAGGACGACGUGGUUGGGUACAGAGUUACCGGGUAAGAGCGAUGAUGGGAACAAAGGGGUCGGGAGGAAGGCGGAUGCCUUGUUGGCUGGAUCUUCGAGCAUUGGCAAAUAUCUCAAUGCCAUGAACGGGACAAAGGGGAGGAUGGAUGCGAAUGGCGUGUCGGGGAAAGCGGAAGAUGAGAAGGCGGCGAAGAAGAGAAAGUCCAACGGCGGGUUUGGAGAUUUCUCGGGUUGGUAG